AUGCCGAUGAGGCUCUUAUGCAACAUAGUCGUAAUAGCACAUAUAAUGGGCAAUAUGAAAAUGAAAGAUUCAUAUGAUUUUGCAAAAGGAUUUAUGACUGGCCGAAAGCAGGAAGAAGCACCUGUAUUCUUCCUAUCUUCAAUCGCAUUAUUCAAUAAACAGAAAAUGUUGUGCAAGUCUUGUCCAAUUUCUCAUUUUCUUGUUUCGAUUGUUGGAACGAGGUUAAGGAGGAAUAUUGUAUCGUAUUGUAUUGUAGUUGGGUGUUUAGUAACAAGUAUGUAUCUGGUGAUAUGCGGAUUAAGAUCGGAAACUAAAGAUGAUGUUUGGGUAAGGAUACAGAAUCGACCCAUAUAUGGAUAA